CGAAUCUGACCAAGUCUCUGAAGAUGAACUUAAUUCACAAACUGACAAUCAGGAGUCCGAUGAUGAUGAGGAUUUUAAUAAGGAAUAUCUAUUAUCUGAUAAUGAAUUGAUUAAAGAAAUUGAAAAUAAAAUUAGUAAUAAUAAACUUCCAGCUAGUUUAAAAUAG